AUGGCUGGAUCAUCCGAACUAUCGUUCGAUGUUUUUCACAACAUCAUAGAUGGCAAGCCUCGGGGAUCCAGCAAGGUUCAUCGCGGUGUGGACCCAACUACGGGCAAGCCCUUGUGGAAUGCUCCAGUUGCAACAGUAGAGGAUAUCAACGAUGCAGUUGAUGCCUCCAGAAAGGCCUUCCCGGCCUGGUCGAGCUUGGAGUAUAGUGCACGCGUCAGGCUGUUGGAUCAAUUCGCCGAUGCUUUCUUGGAGUUGGCUCCACAAUUCACGGCUUUACUCCAAGCAGAAACUGGACGAACGGAAGGUAUUGCACAGGUUGAGGUCCACUGGUCACCUCUUUGGCUUCGUUAUCCAGGAUCGCAUACACUUCCUCACCAGGUGUUCGAGGACGAUGACAAAGUUGUGACUGUUCAUUAUGACGCUCGAGGCGUUGUAGCUGCGAUCUGCCCUUGGAAUUACCCGAUCAUGCUAUCAUUCGGAAAAAUCGCGCCUGCUCUUGCAGUAGGAAACUGCGUCAUUAUCAAGCCAUCGCCAUUCACCCCAUACACAGCCCUGAAAUUCAUUGAAUUAGCCCAAUCUAUCUUCCCUCCCGGAGUUCUCCAAGUUGUCGCCGACGACGGCACUUUAGGCCCACAUCUCGUCAAUCAUCCGGGAAUCCAACAAAUCUCAUUCACAGGCUCCACGGCAACUGGGAAGAAGGUGAUGGAAGCAGCAGCAAAAACGAUGAAGAAAGUCACACUUGAGCUAGGCGGAAACGACUCAUCGAUCAUAAUGCCAGACGUGGAAAUCGACAAAAUUAUCCCGGAAGUCGCCAUGGGUGCAUGGUGGAAUUCUGGCCAAUCGUGCAUUGCGACAAAACGUCUCUAUAUUCACAAGGAUAUCUAUGAUGAUUUUCUAAAAGCUCUCGUCGAAUUCACAAAGUCUAUUUCUGUGGGGUGUGGAUCCGGUGGAGGUCCGGUGAUGGGCCCGGUGCAGAACGAAAUGCAAUUCGUGAAGCUGAAGGGGUUGAUUGAGGAGUGUCGGGAGCAUGGAUACAUAUUUGCUCUUGAUGAACCAGAGGGCGGACGAAACGAUCUUGCCCGGCAGUCCCUGGACUCGGGCUUUUUCCUUUGGCCUAUGAUCGUUGAUGAUCCGCCAGCCGAGUCAUCUCUGGUCAUGGAGGAGCAAUUUGGCCCUAUAAUCCCGUGUGUGCCAUUUUCAAACGAAGAUUCUGUGAUAGCAGCUGUCAAUGGUACACCGACGGGGCUGAGUGCGAGCGUGUGGUGUGGUUCCGUUCAUACUGCGCAGAGAAUUGCGAGUCAACUAGAUGUUGGGACUGUUUUUAUCAAUGGACCUAGUCGGCCUGAUCCGCGUGUGCCAUUUUCUGGUCAUAAGGAGAGUGGGAUGGGUGUUGAGUAUGGGUUGAUGGGUCUGGUCGAGUACUGUCAGGUUAAGUCGAUCGUCCGAUAUAAGUAG